AUGAGGAGCCGCCCCCCUCCGCUGCACCGAGGCCCCAGCAUCCCGCUCCAUCCUCCCUGUGGCCUCCCUGCAUCCCUGGUUGCCAUGGAGACGGCUGGUCCGCAGAGGGAGAGGCGGGGCGGCGUCUGGAGGCUCCCGGCUCAGCACUGCGGCUGGAAUGGGGCCAAGGAGGAGGAGGAAAAUCCGCUGAAGCCUAAGGACCCGGCCCUACAAGAACAAAAACAACCCACGGAGCCAAGAAUUGUGCAGAGGAAACUCCAGAUCCGAGGCUUGGCUGAAACCCGCAUAUGUCGGAUCGCCGGUUUGGGAUCCGAUGGCUUUUGGGAAGGUGCUGACGUGGGCUUGGGUAAGGAGCCCAGGCCCCAGCGAGGCCCGGGGCGCGGCCACACCCCCCGGAGGUGUGGGGGGGCUCCUUGCCCCCCCAUUCCAGAGAUCACCCUGGAGAUCUUAAAAACGCUAGAGAAAAGCCACGUGGGGGGCUGGUUCCCCUGGGGCUUCCUCCCGUCCCCGGACUGCCUGAUCCUCUGGAGUGUCCCCGAUGUCUGCAAAGACGUGGACCUGGACGUCCUCGUGGAAGCCCUAAAACCCGUGGGCACCUUUAAAAAGAUCGGGAAGGUGUUCCGGAAGGAGGAGGACUCCACGGUGGGCUUGCUGCAGAUCUGCGAGGACGUGGACUAUUUGCUCAUCCCCCGGGAGGUCAGGCUGGCCGGGGGGGUGUGGCGGGUCAUCUCCAAGCCCGCCACCAAGGAAGCGGAAUUCCGAGAACGGCUGACCCAGUUUCUGGAGGAAGAGGGCCGCACCCUGGAGGAUGUGGCCCGCAUCAUUGAGAAGAGCACCCCGCAUCCACCCCAGCCCCCCAAAAAGUCCAAAGAACCCCGAGGGAGGAGGAGAGUCCAGCAGAUGGUCACUCCUCCGCCUCGGCUGGUAGUGGGCACCUACGACAGCAGCAAUGCCAGCGACAGCGAGUUGAGUGACUUUGGGACCUCGAAAGUCAGGCGCAACAAAGGCCCCCGGCAAGGCAGAAAGGUGCGCAAAAUGCCCGUCAGUUACCUGGGCAGCAAAUUCCUGGGCAGUGACCUGGACAGCGAGGACGAUGAGGAGCUGGUCCAGGCCUUCCUCGGCCGCGGUGAGAAGAAGCCCAGCGCGCCACCUCCCCGCCGUCGUGUCAACCUGCCAGUGCCCAUGUUCGAGGACAACCUGGGGCCCCAGCUGUCCAAGGCCGACAGGUGGCGCGAGUAUGUCAGCCAGGUGUCCUGGGGAAAGCUAAAACGGAGGGUGAGGGGUUGGGGACCCCGAUCUGGCACUGAGGUGGACGAGGCUCGCCAGGCCUCCACCACUGCAGCCAUGGAGAGGGGUGGGGCGUCCUCCAUGAGGAGUGGCACCAGCCCUGGGGGGAUCGCACCCAACACAGGCCCUGGGAGCAGGGUCCAGUCCUCACCCAGAGCAUGGAGGCCCAAAAUCAAGUGGGCCUCAUUCCGACGGCACAGGAAGGAGGAAGUAACACACUCAGCUCAGGUGAUAGGCAUCCCCACUGAGGGGGCAGAGUCCCCAGGUGUCCACAGGGCACAGGCCCCAGGUGACCAGAGAGCAGAGACCCCUGCUAAUGAGAGGGCAGAGGCCCAAGGUGACCAGAGGGUAGAGGCCACAGCUAAUCAGAGGGCAGAGGCUCCAGGUGACCAGAGGGCAGAGGCACUAGGUAACCAGAGGGCAGAGGCCAUAGCUAAUCAGAGAGCAGAGGCCCCAGGUGACCAGAGGGCAGAGGCCCCAACUGACCAGAAGGUAGAGACCCUAGGUGAUGAGAGGGCAGAGGCCCUAGAUGACCAGAGGGCAGAGGCCACAGCUAAUCUGAGAGCAGAGGCCACAGCUAACCAGAGGAUCCCAGGUGUCCAGAGGGCAAAGAACCUAGGUGACCAGAGGGCAGAGGCCACAACUAAUCAAAGGGCAGAGGCCCCUGCUAAUCAGAGAGCAGAGACCCCAGGUGUCCAGAGGGCAGAGGCCCCAGCUGGCCAUAGGGCAGAGGUCCCAAGUGACCAGAGAAUAGAGACCCUAGGCGACCAGAGGGCAGAGGCCACAGCUGACCAGAGGAUCCCAGGUGUCCAGAGGGCAGAGGCCCCAGGUGGCCAGGGGGCAGAGGCCACAGCUAAUCCAAGGGCAGAGGUCCCAGGUGUCCCGAGGGCCACAGGGGAGCAGGGGGCAGAAGCUGGAGCCCAGGCUAAUCGGGAAGCCCAGUCCACUGCUGGCUCAGGGCCCCCAGGGGCAGCCUCAACAAGGGCCCGGAAACAGGUCAAGACAGUGAGGUUCCAGACCCCUGGACGCUUUUCAUGGUUCCGAAAGCGCCAGAGGGCCUUCUGGCACACUCCUCGCUUGCCGGUCCUGCCCAAGAGAUCCCGGGCAGACGAGGCCAGGAGCCUCAGGGUAUUAAGGGCUGAGGCCAGAGAAGCAGAGCAGGCAGAGCAAGAAGACCGACUGUGAGCGAGGCCGGGGACCUGGAGCACCAGCCACCUGUCCUCCCAGGCUGCAGAUAAUGGAGGGGGCCAAGGGGUGGGCAGCACCUCCCACAUCUCCGCUCAUGAAUGUUUCUUGUCGUGUUUUAUCUUUUGUGCAUUGAUGUUUUUUUAAAAUACUGACAGUGUAUAGCACUCCCCAAAGAAUGCAAAGAAAGAAACAGUGCAGGAAUGUUGUAUUGCCCUAAUUCCAUCUUCCUCAGAUCCAAAUUUUAAGGGCGCAGCUUGAAAGCGGGACAGGGGCCGAGCAAGGGGACCAAAUCCCGUUCUUUCCUGCACACUGACAUGAACUUGAAAAGAGAGCUCAAGCGGAUAUGCAAAUAAAAACGUUUACAAGGUGAAUUCUUGGCUUCCGACUUAGCAACUGACCAUGUUUCUGGGUGAUUGGGUUCUGUGUCUAUGUUGUCACUUUGUCUGCCAUCCAUAAGCGCUGUGGGCUGGAGGGUACAGAGCUUACAGUUUGCAUACUUGACCCCGAUCUUGGUGAUGGCUACAGAAAAAGUCAUCUGGGAAACUGAUUCAAAACACAGGGGGUCUUGGUUUUGGAGAUGUGGUUUUCCGGUUAUAUGACCCUUGAAUCCAUUUGGAUCAAACACCACAAACACUGGAGUGACUUGGCCAGGAGGAUGCAUUAAAGAGUUCCUGUGACAGGAACAGGUUAAGAGGGGAUAUGGAGUAGUGUGUGGCACUGGGGAUUGAACUCAGAGCCUGAUGCAUGAUAGCCAAGUGCUCUAUGCCUUGAGCCACACCCCCGCCCUUUUGUUUGUAUUUUGUUUUUGAGACAGGUCUGGCUACUUUACCCUGGCUGGUCUCUAACUAGAGAUUCUCCCAUCUCUGCCUCACCUCUGGAGUGGCUGAGGUUACAGCUGUGCACUACAGGUCUGUACUUAGGAAGUAAUUGGGUCACCAAGGCCCUGUGGGCACAUGCAACCAGCCACACAAAACCCCAGAAGUUGAUCGCAAAUACUUGCUCUCUUUCUGGGGCUUAUUUUUACGCCUCUCCCAGUAGCCUUGGCCAAAUCUGUCCCUCACUGAGUCUCAUCUUCUCUUCCCUCCCAUCCCUUGACCUUCCAGAGAGGCCCCAGAGGUGGGAGGAGCUGUUGGGUCAGAGUGUUAUGUGUUCCUCUUUUUUUUUUUU